CCUUUUUUCACUUUUUUCUCACACCCCAUUCCCCAUUUCUUUCUAAUUUCCCCCUCUCCAAGCUCUCUCUCUCCCUCUCUCUCUCUCUCCUGCCUCUUUUCUGUGUAAAGCCGAUCGAAUUUGAAUGUUCUUCGUGGUUUUUGGCGAGUUUUUUCUUCUGGGUUUGUGCGGUUUGUGGAUUCUAAGCUCUAAUGGGAAACGGGGAUAAGCUUGUUCUUCAAGGAACCGAGAUGGGUUCACGUGAGGGAACCAUUUCAAUUCCUCUCGAAAAGGAUGAGCGCACAGCUGGGAUAACUGAGGAAAUUGAGCAUUCUAAUCAAUGGAAGAGACCGAAUCUUAUACUCGAGAUACCGUCUCGAACACCCGAAUCGUCGCCUCGAGAUUAUCAGGCUAUAAAGAUGCCUCAAACUCCUAAGAAAGUGAAUUUUGUAUUGACACCAAGCCCCUCAGAUGCAAGAAUUAAUGGAUCUGGAUCACCUGGUCCAUCUUCAUCUAGAGGCAAAUCAUCUAUAAGAAGUCUUUUUCCCAAGUUAAGCUUCAUCCAUAGAAGUUCUUCAGAUAUUGAGAAGGUUGCCAACGUUGUUCUUGAAGGUUCAUCCAACGGGGCUCAAGAGAAGCCUUCAAUAGCUAGGUCCUUGUCUCUUACUAAGAUAUUUACCCCUAGGAUAAAGAGGACUUCAUCUCUACCUGUUACUACGAUCAUUCACUCGAACCCCGAAUCGACACAUGGAGGAAGUAGAGGAGGAGCUACCAACCUUAUGGGGAAAGGAGCGCAACGACAAAUAUCUCGAUCUCUUUCGGUCCCAUUGAACGAUAAAGAGUCGAGCUUGAGGAGGAUGGACUCGUUUUUUCGUGUUAUUCCUUCGACUCCGCUUGUGAAGGGAGGAAGUGGAAAGCUAGAUGUAACCAUAGAGGAAGCUGAAGAAGAUAAUGCUGGUGAAGAUAUACCUGAAGAAGAAGCUGUUUGCAGAAUCUGUUUGAUCGAGUUGUGCGAGGGCGGCGAGACGCUAAAGAUGGAAUGCAGCUGCAAAGGUGAACUGGCUUUGGCACAUGAGGACUGUGCCAUCAAAUGGUUUAGUAUCAAGGGCAAUAAGACAUGUGAUAUCUGCAAGGAAGAGGUCCGAAACUUACCCGUUACUCUGUUACGAAUUCAAAGUAUUCGAGCUCGAAGCACCGGAGCAAUCCGAGCUCUGCAGGAAGAUGUCAAUGGAUACAGGGUCUGGCAGGAAGUUCCCGUGCUCGUCAUCGUGAGCAUGCUUGCCUAUUUCUGUUUUCUCGAGCAACUUCUGGUCGGUAGAAUGGGCAGUGGUGCAAUCGCGAUAUCCCUGCCUUUUUCUUGUGUACUUGGACUGCUUUCAUCCAUGACCUCAUCAACUAUGGUUAAGAGAAGAUUCGUCUGGGUGUAUGCCUCGUUUCAAUUUGCUCUCGUCGUUCUCUUCGCACAUAUAUUUUACACCGUGGUUGGCAUCCAAGCAGUUCUAUCGAUUCUUCUUGCAACAUUUACCGGGUUCGGUGUCGUGAUGAGCGGUACUUCGAUCCUAGUUGAGUUUAUCAGAUGGAGAAGAAGAUGGCAGGCUUCAUUGGAGCAACAUCAAACGCAGAUGAUCACACGACCGAGUCAUUUCCCUUGAACAUUAAGUGCAUAACAAACUAACCAUUGAGGCAGGUAUCGACACCAGCCCGAACCAGAUAGAUACUACAGAAAUGAUAGCAGAUGUUGAGUUUGCUACGUAUACUAUAGAUGGUUUCGCAAGCAAGAUCGAUCCAGUCAAGGCAAACUAAGCUGUGUGUAAAUGAGAGAUUUGUGGUGUUGUUUACUUGUGUUUUCAAGUCAAUGAGGAAUUGGCUUCAAAGGCUUCUUUUUGGUUCUUUUUUCAUGGCGUUUUGCAGAAGCAAGCUGCAAUGUUCUUCCAGUGGUGGAUGAGUUCAUUGAGUCCAUUUGUGAGAAAGUUCAUGUUAUGAAGAUUUGUGUUUCAUAGAACAAAUCAUUCCUA